GCCAUUGUGUGAUGUGAAACCAAAUCUCAUGCUAGUAUGACCCGCCGUGAAACCACCUGAGCUGAACCAUGAAGUCACCAUUCCACCGUCAUCCUCCGAGAAGAAUAGAUUGAAGGUAACAACACAACACUAUUCAUCUUCAUCACUUUCACUCUUUUAAAUUUGAACCCUUUUCUUCAAAAGUUUCCACUUCAAAAUAACAACGCUCAUUUUCGUUCAAUUUUCACCCCAUCAAUAAUUCAUCAUAAUGUUCAAAUUCAAUUCAUGGCGCCACAAAACCCUAAUCUAUUAUCUUAAGGAAUUAACAUUACAAUCCCCACACCCUAACCCUCUUUUGUUUUCUCUUCAUUUCUGCACCAACACUUCCGAUUCAACCUCAUUUGCUGCUUCCUAUCUCAUCAACAAUUUUGGGUUUUCCCCAAAAUCUGCUCCCAAACUUUGCUCCACUUACAAUGUUCGUUUCAAAACUGCUCAAAAACCUGAUUCAGUUCUCAAUUUCUUUAGAAACCAUGGUUUCUCAGACACCCAAUUACGUAAUAUCAUUGCAAAAUCACCAUGGCUACUUUCCUGCAAUCCCUCCAAAAGGGUUUUGCCAAAGUUUGAAUUUUUCCUCUCCAAAGGUGCUUCUAACUCUGACAUUGUUAACCUUGUCAGUAAGUACCCUAUGGUCUUGUCUCCAAGCUUGGAGAAUCAUAUAGUCCCAACCUAUGAGUUGUUGUAUAAAUUCUUGAAAUCUGACAAGGACGUUAUUGCUUGUGCAUUUGGCAAUCCAACUUUACUUACUCACCAUUUUGCGCCACAUAACAUUAGAGUGAUGAUUGAGAAUGGAGUGACCGAUUUAAACAUUACAAGAGUGAUUCGGAGACAAAGCAGCAUACUAUGCAGAAGUGACAUUUUGAUGGAGGUGGAGGAAUUGAAGGGUUUGGGGUUUAAUCUUUCACAAUCAUUUUUUUCUGAAGCACUGAUUGCCAAAAGAAAAAUAACCAAAACCAGAUGGGAAGAGAAAGUUGAUGCCAUUAAGAAAUGGGGUUGGUCUGAUGCAGAUGUUUUAGAAGCAUUUAAAAAGCAGCCUCAUAUUAUGUUAACAUCCAUUGAUAAAAUUAAUUCAGUGAUGAGCUUUUGGGUCAAUCAGUUAGGUUGGGAUGCUAGGGCCAUUGUCAAACUACCAAGGGUUUUUGGGUCCUGUCUAGAGAGAAGGAUCAUACCAAGGGCCGCAGUUCUGCAAUAUAUUCUGAAAAAAGGUUUACUGAAUAAGAAAGCAAGCUUAACUACUCCAUUUGUAGUCAGCGAUAAGUUGUUCCUUGAAAGGUAUAUAAACCGUUAUAAGGUGCAGUCAUCUUAUCUAUUAAAGCUUUAUGAAGAAAAACUGAAUCUUGCACAUGCCAGGGACGAAACUGAUACUAUGUCAUGAACAACUUUUCAGGUUCACACAAUUCCUGAGGAUGACUUAUGUAUUGGUUGAUGUAUUGAUGUAAAUGGUUGGUUGCCUGAAGUGACAACUUCCUAAAUUUUCAAAGUGAAUCCGAGGCUUUCACAAAGAUCGUGUCGUGGCUGUAGCUAUCAUGUGUCAAACUAGAAAAAGUGCAUUCUUACCUCCAAAAACCAUCAAUGACCAGCCCUCUCAGAUUUUGUCGCUAGAUGCGCUUUUAAUUGCAAGACUAAUGUUUAUGUUUUAUGUAUCACAUCUUUUCAUCGUAAUAUUCGAAUUACUUGUGUGUGAAGUCAUUUAAUUUUGUACCAUUUGUCUUCUUUAAAGGUACAACCAGUUUUCAAAAAAUGAAAUGAUACAUUGCAUUGUUUGGUCUGUACAGUGUUAGAAUGAAUUGAUAGAUAGAUCAUGGAUGCUAAUAAUGGUAGGCUUGUGAAUUGUGAUGUUUGCGGUAAA